AUGGCACAGCCCGCCACCGCCUCCAAGCCUCGAGGCUUCUCUCGCUUCUCAAAGGCCCUGCCUUCUGUCCCUCAGCUUCUCAGACCCUCGUCCAACUCGUCUUCCGCAUGGUCAUCAACCUCACCGCGCUCUGCCUCUCACCAGCUGUCACCUCUGCCGCCUCCACCAAAAGACCUCCCCAACCCGCCGCCUCCGCCAAAGGAUCUUCCCGACCUUCCACCUCUGCCAAAGAACCUCCCCGACCUGCCGCCGCCACCACACGAGGACGCUUCCCACGCCCACGCCGUGCCGCCUCAGUCGUUCGACAAGUCUCCUUCUCUCCCGUCCAUACCGGGCGCCUUUCCCUCGGAGCAUACUCCUGCCGCCUCCCCUCAGAAAAUGUCGAUACCCAGACGUCCCGUUGGCGGAACCAACAAUGUCAUACUCUCACCCUUUCCUGAGCCUUCGCCCACCGCCUCCAUUUCGAGUCUGAUUUCAGCCUAUUCGCGACCCUAUGAGACGCCUACCACAACUCCUCACACUGCCGUAUAUCCCGACACACCUUUGGCCUCUAGUCGUGAGGCUUCACCUCCGCCAGAUGCCCCGGCUGUCCCGGACAAGACACCUGUUGGUGCUACCAAUCACAACAGACUGCACGCGUCUCCGUCCAAUGCGUCUUUGACCGACAGAAAUGAGGCACCUGACCCUCCGUCGAAACCAGAAAUAUGGCGCCGCCGCCCUCUAAAUGAUAAUCGCGAAAUCUCUGAGUUGAAGCUCGACCAUAGCCACGGCUCAACCAUUUCUAGCGCCAUGUCAAUCAUGUCCGCCUCCACCACCUCUACACAACGGCCACCCACAGCCUUACAGGACGAGUCCUCACAGUCCCAGCCUGCCAAGACAAGGAAACCUCCGUCUACUGGCGGUCUACCGGGCCGCAACGUUCGGCCCUCUGCCGCGCCCGAGGAUGACGCCCCAUCUUCAACCACUUCUGCUCAACUAACCAUAAACCCAUUACUAAGCAAGCAGUCAUUGCCUUCUCUUCCUGAAACCGCAGCCGCGCCGCCUACCAAUCGCCCUCCGACGCCCGAAUAUCAAAAUGGAGAGUCCCGCGCCGCUGUCGUCACCACCUUUACCUCGCCCGCUUCGCCCGCUUCAUCCCCAGAGUCAGCCAACAGCUCUUUGCCCGAAUGCGCCCAAGAACUCCCUCCGCCGCCGCCCAGAAAUCCUAACAGGAACGCGCCUUCCAGCACCGUGACCAAGCUUGGCCCUGUCACGUCUACAUCGACGCUCACUGAGAUGCUGCGCCGCAAGCCUGUCACCUCAGGUAUGCUCAGCACUGCACCAUCAUCUGCAAGUGUAGCUUCAUUCGCCACUGCACCAUUACCGACAAGUGAAGUUUCGUCUGCCACUGCACUAUUACCGACAAGUGAAGUUUCGUCCGCCACUGCACCAUUACCGACAAGUGUAGUCUCGCCCGCCGUUGCGCCGUCGCCCGUUAAUGGAGACCCUUUCGCCAACAAGUCUGAGCUGUUAUCCGCCACGGGCCCUUCGUUUCCCAGUGACUCAAGGCGCGCCAACACGCCCGUGAGCGCCUCCGCACCCUCGGGCCAGUCUCGUGGCGCUAGCAGCAGUCCGACUCGCCGGUUCCGACGCGACCCGGACCAAACUCCGCGCCAGCAGCGCCGUCCUGCCAGCGACCCACGCAUCGUCCAAACUGAGCAGGGCCCAAUGUAUCGCGGCCGAGACGGCACUCUCUAUCCAGAAAUGAAGAAUCUGCGCGAACCCGACCCUCGCGCAUUCCACUUUCCCACAUGGAAGGGCAAGGAGACGACGACAACUUCAUUCGACGGCGUUCAUGCCGCGCCGGCACUCAACGACUCACACCAUUCGUGCUUCCAAAAGCACGCCAUCAUGCACCGCCGCACGAAUCGACACUACCCGCUGACGUGCCAGACGUGCAGCAAGGCCAACGCAGACGACCGCUGGGCCUGCACCUUUUGUCACCUGCGCAUCUGCGAGUCCUGCUUUCGAACGUUUGACACGAAUCAGCGCGAUUUGAAGAAGCUGGUGGCCACGAUUGACGGCCGCACGCCGCUGAGUCUGUCGUCAGAUGCGCGCUCAGCAUCUGCCUUUGGCCUGUAA